UUCCACUCAAAAUGAUUUUGAAUGAAAAGGUAAAAUGGCCAAAAGUUUUAACAAAGCCCGCUGCGCCAUUCAAAACGGUUUUCAUAAUUGAAAUUAAAACACCGGAGAUGGCGUUUUCCACUUUUAUAAAUCUGGUUUCUACGUGCCUUGUCCGACUCAUCACUCGCGGUCGCGGAGAUGGAGACACGCGCCGCCGCAAAGAGAAGAGCCAACCAAUCCCUUAAUCAAUCCCUUAAGAAACAGCGGAUUGUAUUGGCCGAUCUUUCUAAUUUCCCCAAUCUCAUCGAUCCUCAACCCAAAUGUGUGACAAGAUCACGUGUCACCAAGAAGAAAAUUUCCUCGGCAAGCAAAACAGUUGACAACAAUGAUGCAGAAUCAAACAUCAAUGGUGCUUUUGUUUCUGAUAUUUACAAUUAUCUUCGUACUCUCGAGACGGAGAAGAAGCGAAGACCUAGGGUUGAUUACAUUGAGAAGGUUCAGAAUGAGGUUACAAUAAGUAUGAGAGGAAUAUUAGUAGAUUGGUUAGUAGAGGUUGCAGAGGAGUAUAAGCUUCUCUCUGAUACUCUUCAUCUCUCUGUUUCCUAUAUCGAUAGGGUUUUGUCUUUUAAUGCUGUGAGCAAACCGAGGCUUCAGCUGCUGGGUGUUUCGUCUAUGCUUAUUGCAUCGAAGUAUGAGGAGAUCAGCCCGCCGCAUGUGGAAGAAUUCUGCUUUAUCACUGACAACACGUAUGACAAGGCAGAGGUGAUAAGUAUGGAAGGGGAGAUACUCAAGGCCUUGGAUUUUGAAAUGGGUAACCCCACUGUUAAGACCUUUCUAAGGAGGUUUACUGGAAUUGCUUGUGAGAAUAAAAAGGCUUCGAGUUUGCAAUUUGAGUUUAUGAGUUAUUAUCUUGCCGAGCUAAGUUUGUUGGAGUAUUAUUGUCUGAAGUUCUUACCUUCUUUGGUGGCUGCCUCGGUUGUAUUUCUUGCUAGAUUUAUCAUUUGGCCCGAUCUGCAACCUUGGACUCCGGCCCUGUAUGAAUGCUCUCGGUAUAAAUCAAUUGAGUUAAAGGAGUGUGUCCUCAUCUUACAUGACUUGUACAUGGCAAGGAGGGGAGGGUCUUUCCAAGCUAUUCGGCAGAAAUACAGGCAGCACAAGUUUAAGUAUGUAGCAAACGUGCCAGCGCCACCACUUUUACCUAAUUAUCUAUUUGAAGAAUGACGUACUUGGAUAGAACAUGCUCACAAGUAUUUGUUAAAUGACUUCAUUAUGAAGUCAUUUCAAUGCAGAGUUUCAGUUAUAGAUGUUAUAUGGUAAAUUGCGAUCAACUUGAUUGUCUAAAAAGUUGCGGUCAGGACACUCUAGAUUUUGUUUAGCUAGUGUAAAGUUGAUAUUAUUAACUAAUUUGCAGCCUGUGCAUUGUACAACUCAACUGACCUUCAAUCAAUGACGUUAAUGUAUCUCUUCAGAAUGACAAUGUAAAUUUUUCUGGGUCAGCCCCUAAACAGUUGGUGUGAAAGCUAGUUGCUCGCUGGCUUUAGGAUCAUGUAUAGCUUGAUUUGUGUAUGUUUUGUCAACUAAAAACAACAUGCAUUUUUGUUAUUAAGGUAUCAAUUUUUCGUUA